AGGGGAGGGGCGGGAGGGGGUGCUAGGUUGGUGGUGAAUGGGGUUGCUAUGAUACUUGUUUACAUCGUGUAGCGAACGGCGAACAUGAGCACAGAAGUUGAAGUGACUGGUUGUUGAUGCUGAUAUUUCCGUGAACAUUAUCAAAAGAGAGUUUUCUGUGACGAUCGCAGAGUUAAGAUGGCAGUGAAAGGGAAAGGGAAGAAAAAGGCAUCGGGUGCGGGAACAGCGGUGAAAAAGUCAGCCAAUGGAGAAAAGAAGACCAAUGGCAGCGGAGGGAACGGUGACAAAAAAAAGAAAAAGUCUGGCGGAAAAAGGAAAUCUGGAGGUGGCAGUAAGUCCAGAUACAACAUGGACAUCUUUAAUCCCAUCGCCAUGGAAAAUGCCUACUACACCUGCCACAACAUUCAAGACGUUUUGUACUGCCGUGGCUUUCCGUGGCCUGAUGCUCAAAAGAAGAAAAAGAAAGGGAAAAAGUAGAUUUGAAGUUUGCUUUUCUUUUGGGAGGCACAGUUGUAAUCCAGUUCAUUAGUGUCCAAUGUUCAGUGGUGUGUGUAAGCUUCGUAAUAAAUACAUUUCUGGAAUAA